AUGCAUUCUGGAAUCGGACCAGCUGCAGACCUUGAGAAGUUCAAGAUUCCAGUAGUCCAAGAUCUCCCUGCUGUUGGCCAGGGUCUUCGAGACCACUACUUUGUUCCUCUGGAUCCAGCCGCCAUGGAGGCUGCGAUGAGACAGUGGGAGGAGAACAACACCGGUCCAUGGACCAGAUACAGCUGCCAGGUUGGAAGUGGCUGGUUCAAGUCAGACCGUAUUACCUCGACGCCCGAAUUCAAAGCACUUCCAGCAUCCGUACAAGAAUUCAUGAACCGCGAAACCAUCCCCCACUACGAGAUGAUCACUCACGUGCCCAUCCACUUCAUGAUGCCCGAUAUGUUCAAAGAGUACAGCUAUUUGGGUCUCGGGGCAUUCAUGAUGAACGAACAAUCCCGCGGUGAAGUGCGCCUGCAGUCCUCCGACCCAGACGUCCCGCUGCUUUUCAACCCGCGGUUCCUCGAGGAUCCCUUCGAUCGUCGCGCCUGCAUCGAGAUCUACCGACACCUACUAGAAGUUAGUAGACAGGAGUCCUUUGCGACGGACACUAUCUCUACGCUCAUCGGGCCCGCGUCUGAUUUUGGUGAGGACAUUCUCCGGUUCUGGAAGAACUUCCUCUCUUCUAGUUGGCACAUGACCGGCACAGCGAAGAUGGGCAAGGCUGAUGCCAGUGAUGCUGCUGUUGACACGUAUUUCCGCGUGCGGGGCAUUGAGAACCUCCGUGUUGCUGAUAUGAGUGUUAUUCCCAUUCUCAUUAAUAACCACACGCAGGCUACGGCUUACGUGACUGGUGUUACUUGUGCUGAGGUUCUUAUCAAGGAAUAUGGUCUUGAUGCACAGUAA